AUCUACUACCUACUACUGUGGUCAAGGUUACUCCACGUAGUAAGCGUUCCAGCUGAAGAUAUAUUAACAUUGAGUUUAAUCUCCAAAGUGUAUAGCACGUUCGUCAGCUUCUUCAUACAGGACAAUCAUUUGUUGUCAUGGCUAUAUGGGAUGCCCUGGACCGUGUCGACGUGAAAGUGUUCGAAGUAUCGUUUCUCCUGGUGCUUUGUCUACUUCCGUUUUCAGUACCAUGCUCGCUGUGGAUAUGUUUAGUACUGCUUCUAUUGAUGUACGCAUGCCUAAUCGUCAUACGGAAGCGGAAACGGAUCUUAUUGGGAACAAAGGGGAAAUCAGUGUUAAUUACAGGAUGUGACACAGGUUUCGGACACCAUCUAGCCAAACGAUUGGACGAUCACGGGUUUGACGUGUUUGCCGGCGUGCUGUCUACAUCAAGCGAAGGAGCUUCCAGUUUGAGAUCGCGGAAAUCAAAACGCUUGCAUGUGUUACAACUCGAUAUCACUUCACAAGAUGAUGUUGACAAAGCAGCAAAAUAUAUCGAGUCGAAAUGUGGGAACGCAGGUCUGUGGGGAGUGGUGAACAACGCCGGAUUCAAUAUCUACGGUGACGUCGAGUUAGUUACCAUUGACCAGUACAAGAAAUGUAUGGAUGUCAAUCUAUACGGCAUGAUCAGAGUCACCAAAGCCUGUCUGCCACUCAUCCGGAAAUGCAAAGGACGUGUGGUGAAUAUAUCGAGUGUCAAAGGUCGCUAUGCUUGGCCAAGCGAUUCUGUGUACCACGUCAGUAAAUAUGGGGUGGAGACACUGACGGACUCACUCCGACUGGAGAUGCGAAAAUUCGGGGUAGGCGUAUCAGUGGUUGCACCAGGUUCGUUCGAUGCAGCAACUUCCUGCAGUAGUCCAGCAUCGCUGACGAGAAUGAAAAAUGAGCUGGAGGACUCCUGGGCUGCUGCCUCCGACAAUGUCAGACAGGCGUAUGGACGGGCUCACAUUGACUCGUUGUAUGAUGGCCUUGCUAACAACUUGCCUGGAACAGCCUCUUCUCCUGAUCCCGUGUUGACCGCUAUAGAGGACGCUCUCAUCAAUUCUCGGCCACAACCGCGAUAUGUGGUGGCUGGGAGUAAUAACCUUAUGGUAGAUUACGUAGCGGUUUUGGCGCAUGUCUACAGUUUUCUGCCAGAAUGGUUUUCCGACUUCCUAUUGGCAUGCAUGACCGGUUGUGAUAAAAGCCAUGCAGAUGACAAAAUGAAAAGGAGUUAAACUAUCAGACCUUGAAUUUGUAUGCACAUUUUUACUUAUUCAUUAGUUGUUUUGGUUUAUUACAAUAUGGUAUGAUAAUGGUACCUAUUUGCACGUAGAAUAUGUACGUUUAUGAUUACAUUUAAUAAACCUUUACCGAGGUUUCAAUUUACUGUAAAGAAAGGAAAAUAAAGUAAAUGUAAUUAGA